AGUCCAUCUUUGCAUCAACGAUCCAUCGUAUUAUUACUUGACAGAUUCAUUUUUCAAGUCAUUCAGAGACUAUCAGUCAUUAUGGUUUCGAGUUAUAUCAUCGCCAUCUAUUGCUUAGUUAUCGCUCUUGCUGGGCUUCAAAUCAAGCAGAAGAUUACAGCCCUCAAAUCCCCCCUCAAACAAAUACCUGGACCUUGGUAUGCCCCUUUUACAACGCUACACUUGCGAUAUCUCUUUUCCACUGGUACAAUCUGGAAGUUAGUAGAGAAAAGCCAUGAGAAGUAUGGGUCGAUUGUUCGUCUGGGGCCUCGCCAGGUUUGGGUUUCCGACAAGGAGGCUAUGAAGGAGAUCUUGGUGAAGACCGAUCUUCCCAAAGUUGCCAUGUAUGCCGAGAUCUCUCGAGAUAAGUUUAGCCCAGGCUUGUUCGGCGAGAUCCGCUCAGAGCCCCACAAGCGUCUCAAGCGCUUCUUGUCUCCAGCUUUUACCGUCAACUACAUCGACAAUCUCGAACAGUUCUUCACGUCUACUGUCCGAGAUCUACUCAACAAGUACCAGACGCAAAUGAACGAGGACCCUGUGUACUAUGCGAAGCAAGGUAUUGAGGCUGAUCUGAUGGACGACCUUCACAAUGUUGCUUUAGACAUCAUGGGAGAGUGCUCUUUCGGAAAGGGGUUUGGCCAGACCAAUCCAAACAGGAUGAUUGAGGAUGGUGUGGAUGAGAAGAUUUGGAAUUCCAUCCCACGUUCCAUCUUUGACGGCCUCAGCAAACGUUACCAGACCGUUUACGUCAAAAAAUUCUUCCGGUCGUUAGGCAUAGACAUACAGUUUGACUGGCCCGCGGAGAUGAUUACAGCUAUCAACGCCGUAGUUCAACGACGCAAGCUAUCUCCAGAUGUCGAAAGACGAGACCUCCUCCAACAUCUUAUUGAAGAGGGAAAGAAGCCUGACACCGGCACCGCUAUGUCCACCCGCGACAUCGUUGACCAGAUGGCCGAAAUCCUCCUUGCCGGUUCUGAAACUACAUCUGGUACUAUUGGUUGCCUCUUCCUCGAACUUGCUCGCAAUCCCGACGUCCGUGCCAAGCUUAUGGCUUCCCUCCCUGCCAAGGGCUUUAACGACGAAAUUGUAUCAAGCAAAGCAGUACGCGGAGAGAAAGAAUACGAAUACCUUGAGGCAUGUAUUAAAGAAAACCUUCGUCUUCAUCCCAUCGCUUCGGAGAUGGGUCGCCGAACAGGCAAUCAAUGGGUUGAGCUGUGCGGCUACAAUCUCCCUCCGCACACAGUUGUUUCGGCUUCAUACCGAGAUUUGCACCGGAAUGAAAAGUAUUGGCCCCAGGCCGAACGAUUCUGGCCAGAGAGAUGGCUUUCGGAAGACAAGCGAGACGGCGCUCCGGCACCGGAUAUGGAUGCGUACUAUCCUUUCUCAGGAGGCAAGCAUUCUUGUAUCGGUAUCAACUUUGCCUGGGCUGAAAUGAGAAUGGUUGCCGCCAACGUCCUCCAAAGAUUCAACGUCUGUGAGGUUCCCGGCCAAGACAUUGACUUCCGCCAGUUUAUCACUAUGCAAUUUGCCACUGGGCAUUGGAAGGUUGUUCUGAUUCCAAGAAGCUGAACGGAACCAGGAUCUACGGCAAAAAGCACCUUGUCCACCUGUCGUGCCUCUGAUAUUUGGUCAAUUUAAAGCGGAAGCAUUUGCAUGGCAUUGGGAUAGAAUUAUACAUAUUAUGC